GAGGAGGUGUGAGGGUUGGUUGGUUUUCUCUUUGAGGUGGUUAGGGUGAGUUUAGGAGGAUGGGAUGUCGGAGAGGGAGAGGGAGAGGGAAGGCGGUGGUGGCUGGGAAGGAGGUGUUGUUGGAGAAUGGUUGUAUGUGAGGGUGUGAAGCGUGGGAGUUAGAGGUGCUGCUGCGGUGUGAAUGUGAAGUGAGAAUGUGGUGUUUGGUUGGGUUGGCAGAGGAGGAGAUUGUUGGAUGAGGUUGUUGGAAGAUGUUGCGGGCCGUCGAGCUUCGGCGGUAGAUUGAGUGCGCUUUUGGGGUAGGAGAAGGGGUUAGGGCAAUCAAUUGAAGAGGGCCGGUGAGAGUAGAGCUCUUCCCUGACCAGUAGGUAUUACGCGGCUGAUCUUUCGUGGCUGUUACGGGAUGCUGGUAGGAUCCAAGUUGGACUCGGAGAUGGCACUGGUAGGGUGUGGGUUUUGAGCAUACAGUGGUUGAAGCGGGUCCACCGAGGACGGGUGAAAUCUUAGUGGGAUUUAGGAAAAGGCAUGCGAUCAUGGCGGCACAAGAAUUCUUCAUGUUUCAAGAUGCCUUUCUGGAUUACCGAAGGUUGCAGGAAGCCUCUGACAUGUCUGUGUCAAGUACUGGAAGCGUACCGAUGAGUAUGAGCAAUGGUGGAAACUCGGUGUCAAUGAUGUCGCAAGCGGAUAGUAGCGUGGGAUCCAACGGCGGUAUCUCACUGCACACACGGCUAAUGCAUCGUGAUCUUCACCCUCGGCCGCCGAAGGGAAAUGCUUCUGUGGAGAAUAGUGUGGUCAUGCCAGACAUUGUUUCACAUACUGUUGGGGAAGACGUGCUAGCUGCUGCUCUCAUGGACCCAAGGUAUCAAACAGAAGGUCUGGAAGGAUACGAUGAUUGGACUAUUGAUUUGAGGCGACUGCAAAUGGGCCCUCCUUUUGCACAAGGUGCCUUUGGUCGACUGUACAAAGGAACCUACAAUGGAGAAGACGUGGCCGUCAAAAUAUUGGAGAGACCGGAGAACAAUGUCGAGAAAAUGAUGAUGAUGGAGUCUGCAUUUGCUAAGGAGGUGACCAUGCUCGCAGCUGUGAAGCAUCAGAAUGUGGUACGGUUCAUCGGAGCUUGUCGUAAACCCAUGGUAUGGUGCAUAGUCACAGAGUAUGCAAGAGGAGGAUCAGUGCGCUCAUUUUUGAGUAAACGGCAAUCACGAGCAGUGCCUCUAAAGCUCGCAGUGAAACAAGCUCUGGAUGUCGCCAGGGGCAUGGAGUACUUGCAUAGUCUCGAGAUCAUUCACAGAGAUUUGAAGUCGGACAAUCUGCUCAUCGCAACGGACAAAUCAAUUAAGAUUGCAGAUUUUGGUGCUGCUAGGAUAGAAGUGCAAGUUGAGGGCAUGACUCCAGAAACGGGAACCUAUCGAUGGAUGGCUCCGGAGAUGAUCCAGCACAAACCUUACAAUCACAAAGUGGACGUCUACAGCUUUGGUGUGGUCUUAUGGGAGCUUGUGACAGGCCUGUUGCCCUUUCAAAAUAUGUCUGCAGUGCAAGCUGCUUUUGCAGUGGUUAAUCGCGGUGUCAGACCCCCAAUACCUGAUACUUGUCCUCCAAAUAUUGCUGAGAUCAUGAGUCGGUGUUGGGAUGCCAAUCCUGAUGUCCGUCCUAGCUUUGCGCAGGUAGUUAAGAUGCUGGAGCAAGCUCAGAAUGAAUUAUUAACCAAAGUUGGGCGUGCUCGAUUCCGUUGUCUUUGCUUGAACCGACCUCUAACAAGUGAGUGAAGGUUUCUUGGAUUAGCUUAUUAAAGAGCUUAUAUUUGAGCUAAGCUGGACCUAGGUGGAUGCUAGAGAAGAUUAUUGAAGAACACGGGACGGGUGUUCAAUCUGUAUAUUGCAUCGUCGUGUUUCAUAGAGGAGGUUUGAAGAAGUCUCUAGUGCUUUCUUUGCACAUAUAGUGUCUUACAGACAAGUAGGGGUCUUAUAGAUAUACUCAGGAAAAGAGCAAUGCCAGUGUAAUCUAUUUCCUCCCUUGUAAGAGGUAUUUGAGGGAUUAAGGAACAUGGUUAGUUCCAAGGCAAGGUUAACACCUUGAGGGGGUGAAAAUUUUCCCCGUUUAGAUCCGUAGGGUUGAUCUACUUGUUUAGAAAACUGUCUAUCUCCUGAUUAGCAGAUGUUGAGAAGGCGGUGACACUGCACUGCACUGCUUUCUUUUCUGAGCGUUUCUAUAUUGUAGAAGCAUUUAUGGUUCUCCCCGAGAACAUUUCAAUGUAUUGGUUAGUCUUGCUUUUCCCUGUAAUACACACCUUUCUGAAUUGCACUUGUUUAAUGUUACUCAA